CAGCAUCUUGUGCCAACAGUGUCCUUCCAGAAUAUCACCCAGGAUUCCAGGUGAGAGUGUCGAUUACAGCAAAUCCCAAGAACCAAGCGCCUCGACUACACAGUUUAUCCAUCGCUGAGCAAGAGUCAGCCUCGGGAAUCCAACCGUGGGGUAACGGGACUGUUGGGGAACCCUCACUAUGAGCGGCACAGAGCAGAAGCACUACCAUGAUGAUCUGGAUGCUUGUCUUCUCUUUGACACGUACUUCGGGGCUGAUAAGACCAUUGCUAAGAAGGAGCUGCUGGAAGAUCCCAUGAGAUUUCUCUAUAAAUUAUUCUCAUCGGGUUCUGUGAAGGGAGAAACACUGAUAAAUCUUUCCGUUGGCUCCGACAUGUCUAAAAUCUUUGUCGCCGCCGAUUUCUUCAAAAAUAUCAUAUUGCUGGAAUCUUCAGACUGCUGUAUGAAAGCCAUAGAGAGCUGGAUCCGAAAUGAGCCCGGAGCUGCGGAACAAUCCCACGCCGCAGAGUUUGUUUGCUCACUUAUAGGGCAAAGUGCUGGGUAUAAGGAGCAAGAAGAAAAGGCCAGAAGGGCAAUCAAACAAGUGGUAAAAUGGGACAUCACCAAGGAGAACCCACUGGGUGCAGUUGUGUUGCCCCAAGCAGAUUGUAUAGUCAUUGUUUAUUACUUGGAGCUAGUUUGCAAAGAUAACGAUAUGUAUAUAAACCUUCUAAAGAAAUUGUUAUCCCAUCUGAAGAUUGGAGGUCACCUGGUCAUGAUGGCAGCGACCAACGCCUCUUAUUACAUGGUCGGCCAACACAAGUUUGGUGCACUAAACCACAAUGAAGAGUUUAUACAAAAGGCUGUGACAGAAGCCGGUUGCACCAUUGUGAGCACUGAAACUCACAGAAGCAAAUUUAAAUCCCCUUUGACCGAAUAUGAAUCAAUUGCCUACUUUGUGUGCCGUAAAGACCGAGUGGUUUAACCGGUCAGAUUCACCCUCAAUCGCAAUAAUGAUUCUAUCAUUAAUAUUACAUUAAAUUUGAAUGAUUAUAUCUAAUCUUAGAUUAGCGCUGCUUAUAUAUAAAAUAUUUCCUAAUCUCAUGGUCUCAAUGGUGAAAUCAUUGUGCUUGAAAACAGUGCGCAAUAUAUUCUAUAUCUGUGUCGCUUUGAAAAGAAAAAAGUAAUGGUUCAAAAUGUGCUUCUAUGAGGACAUUUACUUCCUGUUACACAAGGAAGUUUCUCUAUUUCCUGUCUGAAAAAUGUAACAUUUCCUUUUUGUUCUAUGGCAAGGAUUCUUACUCAUAAGUAGCAUCUUCUGAUGUGUGGUGUGAUUGAUCAGAUUGACAGAUAUCAUUUAUUGAACAAAUUAAACCAAUCAGAAGACUUA